GAGAGAGGCUUUCCUUGUUGAAAAGAUUGAGAACCAACGCGGCACUCUUCUGUUACCGGUCGUCUCUGAACACCCGAAGACAUGCUGUCACUAACAUUAAGGCAACUUGCACGUCCCCUGUGCCGGCGUGCCCCAGCCGUAGGCUCCUGUUUGGGGGGUCGUGGGCAGCACUCCCUGCCUGCCUCGCGGGCUGCGGACCAGGAAAAGCCGUGGACAGGGCAGGACAGCCUGGCCACUGACGACCCCGAGAUGUGGGAUCUCCUGGUGAGGGAGAAGGACCGUCAGUGUCGAGGCCUGGAGCUCAUCGCCUCCGAGAAUUUUUGCAGUCGUGCGGCUCUGGAGGCGCAGGGCUCCUGCCUGAACAAUAAGUACUCGGAGGGCUACCCUGGAAAGAGGUACUAUGGUGGGGCGGAGAUUGUGGACCAGAUCGAGCUCCUGUGCCAGAAGAGGGCUCUGGAGGCGUUUGACCUGGACCCAGCCCUGUGGGGGGUGAACGUGCAGCCCUACUCCGGGUCUCCCGCCAACUUCGCUGCCUACACGGCCGUCCUGAACCCUCAUGACCGCAUCAUGGGCCUUGACCUGCCCGACGGGGGACACCUGACCCACGGCUACAUGACUGACACCAAGCGUAUCUCCGCCACAUCCAUCUAUUUUGAGUCCAUGCCAUACAAGCUGAACAUGCAGACGGGGCUCAUAGACUAUGAUCAGAUGGAGAACACGGCGCGGCUCUUCCGUCCCCGCCUCAUCAUCGCAGGAACCAGCGCCUACGCCCGCCUCAUCGACUACGCUCGUAUCAAGAAGCUGUGCACGGAUCUGAAUGCCUACCUGUUGUCAGACAUGGCCCAUAUCAGUGGGCUGGUGGCUGCUAAAGCUAUCCCAUCCCCAUUUGAGCACUCGGACCUGGUCACCUCCACCACCCACAAGUCUCUCCGGGGAUCCAGGGCGGGGCUCAUAUUCUACCGUAAGGGCGUGCGGUCUGUGGAUAAGAAGGGGCGUGAGCUGCUGUAUGACCUGGAGGACAAGGUCAACUUCUCAGUGUUCCCAUCCCUGCAGGGCGGCCCACACAACCACGCCAUCGCCGGGGUGGCCGUCGCCCUGCGACAGGCUGUGACGCCCAUGUUCAGGGAGUACAUCGCUCAGGUGUUGCGGAACUCCAAGGCCAUGGCCGACGCCCUGCUGAAAAGGGGGUACACACUGGUGUCAGGAGGGACAGAUAACCACCUGGUCCUGGUGGACCUGCGUCCGCGGGGCAUGGAUGGGGCGAGAGCAGAGCGCGUUCUGGAGCUGGUGUACAUCACAGCCAACAAGAACACCUGCCCUGGGGACCGCAGCGCCCUCACGCCAGGGGGCCUCCGGCUAGGAGCCCCUGCCCUGACCUCCAGGCAGUUCAAGGAGGCAGACUUUGAGAAGGUGGUGGAGUUCAUGGACGAAGGCAUCAAGAUCGCCUUGGAUGUGAAGAAGAAGACUGGAAAGCUCCAGGACUUCAAGAACUUCCUGUUGCAGGACCCCGAGACCGUGGCCAGGCUGGGGGACCUGAGGCAGCGUGUGGAGGCCUUUGCCCGGCCUUUCCCCAUGCCGGGCUUCCACGACCACUGAACCCUAAACUCAC